AUGCCCUAUCUGCCAGCAGCCUGGGCCCUGGAAAUCACAAUGCCCCCGUGCGGGCUCAUCCUCUAUGCCACACCACAGAGGUCCAGCCUCACCAACAUCGGCAAGUAUCAGCUUAAAGAGAAGAACAAGGAAGAAAAGUCUCAGGAGAUGCUUCAAAAGGCCGCACUCCACAGACUCAGCAUAGAGCUGCCACUGAGACCUCGAGACAAGGAGAUGACCUCAGUCAGGACAGGAGCUCUGGGCCUGAAGAAUCAGGGCGGAAUGGCAGCCAGAGGAGAGGGGGGGAAGAAGAGGAAAGAUCAGGGCAAGGAGGAGCCUGCGGCAAAGACUCCUGUUCCAGAAAGUAGGGGCAGGAUACUGGCAACUACAGGAGCAGUGUUGACAAAGCAGAGGAAGAGGCCAAGGGCCACAGCAGCUGUUCCAGCCAAGGAGAAGGCAGCCCAGGUCAACCCAUCCCCGGCCUCUUUCCCACGACCCUCCACCAAAAGAAGUCAAAGGCUGAAAGCCUCUGACUUCAAGUCUGAGCCUCGGUGGGAUUUUGAGGAAGAAUACAAUUUGGAUGUAGGGGGCCUGCAGACGCCCUGCUCUGUUCCAGUGGUCCAGAAGGUGGUGACCCGCUUCCCUCCGGUACCCCAGCAGCAGCUGCUCCUGGCCAGCCUCCCCUCGGGGAGCUCCAGGUGUAUCACCUGUGCCGUGGUGGGCAACGGGGGCAUCCUGAACGAUUCACACGUGGGCCCGGAGAUAGACAGCCAUGACUAUGUGUUCCGACUGAGUGGAGCCGUUAUUAAAGGCUAUGAACAGGAUGUGGGGACCCGGACGUCCUUCUACGGCUUCACUGCCUUCUCCGUGGUCCAGUCAAUCCUCAUGCUGGGCAGUCGGGGUUUCCAGCACGUGCCUCUGGGAAAGGAUGUCAGGUACCUACACUUCCUGGAGGGCACUCGUGACUAUGAGUGGCUAGAAGCGAUAUUCUUGAACCAGACCAUGGCAAAAACCAAACUUCACUGGUUCAGGCACAGGCCCCAGGAAGCUUUCCGGGACGCCUUGGACAUGGACAGAUACCUAUUGCUGCACCCAGACUUUAUCCGUUACAUGAAGAACAGGUUUCUGAGGUCAAAGACCCUAAACACUGCCCGCUGGAGAAUAUACCGCCCCACCACUGGUGCCCUCUUGCUGCUGACGGCCCUUCAUCUCUGUGACAAGGUGAGUGCCUAUGGCUUCAUCACCCAGGGCCACGAGCGCUUCUCUGACCACUACUAUGAUAAGUCGUGGAAACGGCUGAUCUUUUACACAAACCAUGACUUCAACUUAGAGAAAACAGUAUGGAAGCGGCUACAUGAUGAAGGCAUCAUCCGGCUCUACCAGCGUCCAGAGCACCCAGAAGAGAAGAACUGA